AUGGAGUGCAUUAUACAAUUAACGUCACUUAAUCUAGAUCCACAAAUCACAUUGCAGUACUCGAUCUUAAAACAGAAUCAGCCAAACGAAGUCGUUAAAUUUUUGGAUAAUAACCAUCAUGACUGGUUUCAUAAAUGCAUCGGCUCCGAUAAUUUGGAAGCAUUUGAGUAUUAUGUGAGAGCUGAGCCAAAUCUUCUGGAAUCAAACAGCAAUAUACCCGAUCUGCACGACAGUCUAAAUAUGUGGAAUAUUACAAUGGGAAAAUUUCAAACAACCCACACAUUAUAUCGUAAGGAUUUGCCCUACGCCAAUUUUAACUAUAAUGUAGCGGUGCGUGUGCGCAGUACUAACAAGAAUAGCACAGAAUGGAGUCCCACACUUUAUAGAAACUUUACCACUCUGCCCGCAAUCCCUCCGCGACCUCCUACAGUUAUCAGAGGCAACUACUUUGUAAUUCCCACUGGAAACAAACAAAAUCUUCGCGUAUAUUGGCAGCAAUUGAACAGGACAGAUCAUUUCGGUUCAAAUUUCGAAACUGUUAUCAGCAGAUAUUCCAAGAACGGUCUUCCCGGGAAUGUAUCAGAAAUAGAAAUGCACAAAAACUGGGCUGUCAUACGGAACUGGGACAUGUCUGCCAACCACACUAUCGCCCUAAGAAGCAAGAAUCAAGUUGGAAGUUCGAUAAAUGAAAGCCAUUUCAAUAUUCCUGCCAUAACUUUAGCUGAUCUUGAGCAGCGCGUAGUGCAAAAUAUUGAUUUUGAUGAGACUAUUACUUUGACAUGGAAGCCGCCGAAGUAUGAAACUGGCUUAAGAGGUUAUACCAUAUUUUGGUGUCACGUAAAUCCAAAAAAUCUGUCCGAUUGCAAGGAUGAUGAGCCCAUACGUUUUGAGAACAUAACUAGUCGUCGGAGUUCGUUUGUUGUUAAACGGCAGGAGGGUGCCAUUAACAUUGCUAUCUCGGCCAUUUAUGAGGACAACCUUAGUGGAGGCAUGAUCUGGCAUUUACAUAAAUCGACUGCAGAAGGCAUCGGUCUGCGAAAUGUACAAGUACAUACCUUUCUUACCUCCCACCAGAAAUAUUCAAUACUCGCCGCUUUUCCCAUAUUUGUAUUUAUAAUUUUUAUUGUUACAAAAAUUAAUACAGAGCGUAUUGCGAAGGCCACUUUACCCGAAGGCAUAAGGGACAUGUUGCGUAGGGAGAGCCAGGAGCAAAGAACAGAUGAUAGCUUGUCAAAAAUUGACUCUGAGCAAGGGGAGCGAAAUGAGAACCAAAACCUAUUGGAACAUAGAAAUGGCAAUGAUAUUAACUCAGAUACUUGUUGCUCGACAAUCCCCGACUGCUAUGAAAUGGAUUCACCAGCGCCUGCUAACAAUCAAACCCAAAUGGAAUACAUACAUGAGAAUGAUAGUAGGUUAACUACCAGUUGCUUUACUGACCCUUAUCUAAUGAUGUCAGCGAAUUCCCAAAUGGAUACACCAGCGUCUGCCAACAACGGCUAUACAAAACCGGAAAUAAUGGGAAAUAAAUUACACAUGUUCCGGGACUCAAGUAUACCAGAAAACGUUGCGAUGAUGGUGAGCACAGGUUAUAUAUCUCCGAAGGCGGCAGCAGCAUUUCACAAAACUGGUUACUUACCCACUGGAAACAGCCAACAAUAUUGCGAUGAUCCUCGGGACGGGAAUCGAUUGUCUUUAUUGAGCAUUCUCAUGACACCAAGAACAUAGCAGUUAUUAUACCCAGUACUCGAAUGGUCAAGGGUAU